GGUACACAUUAAAAUUUAUUUCUGCCAUUUAUUACAAAACAAAAAAGUGAUUAUUCAAAUAUGCUUAAAAUAACAAAAUCUUUUACAAAUAUAACACAAAUUGCAAAUGGCGUACUUAAACGUAAUAUAUCACUUACUGCCAGUUGCUAUUAUGAUCAAAAGUGGCGUGAAGAUAAAGGAUUGCCAAUGAAUUCUAAUGCUUUUGGUCCACUUACAAAUCUACCCGACUACACAUUUUUGGAUGGACGUCCUACACCAUUAGGAUCUAACCAAAAAGCACGUUUAGAACGACAACAUCAGAUCGCCGAAAAAAUUGUAACACAGAUUUCAGAAUUGAAUUAUGCUAAGCAGAGACAUGCAAGGCUCAAGGCAGAGAAAAGUGCUGAAAAGGAGUCUAUUAUAAAAAAUAAACUUAAACCAAAAGGCCAUCUGCUUUUAAAAAAAGAUUAAGACUUACUUGUAGUAAAUUACUUUGCAGUUAAAUAUAAAAAAAUAAAAGAAAAUUACAAAAUUAAAA